GGGCGCGGCGCAGUGCAUCUUGGGUCGGCGUAGCCAUGGCGGCUCGUGUCCUUUCCGCUUGUGUCCGCCGACUGCCCGCGGCCUUCGCGCCGCUGCCCCGGGUUCCCACGCUGGCCGCAGCCCGGCCGCUCAGCAUCACCCUGUGCCCCGCGGGGGCCCGGACGAGGCCUGGGGCUCCGCAGACAGCCUCGGUGCUCGCGCAGGUUCCGCUCACACAGCUGUGCCGCCAGUAUAGCGACGCACCCCCUCUGACGUUAGAGGGGAUCAAGGACCGUGUUCUUUAUGUGUUGAAACUUUAUGACAAGAUUGACCCAGAAAAGCUCUCGGUAAAUUCCCACUUUAUGAAAGACCUGGGCUUAGACAGUUUGGACCAAGUGGAAAUUAUCAUGGCCAUGGAGGACGAAUUUGGGUUUGAAAUUCCUGAUACAGAUGCGGAGAAGUUAAUGUGUCCACAAGAAAUUGUAGAUUACAUUGCAGAUAAGAAGGAUGUAUAUGAAUAAAAUAUCAGACCCCCUUUUUUCACUGAGAGAAGAGUUGGAAGAUGCUGGCGAGUGUCUGGAAGUGAGAACACAUUUUGGCAUUAUUGCUGCCUUUGACAGAGUAAUUCUGUUUAGACUUGUAUUUAAAUUGUCUGUUUUUUCCUUUGAAAAUAAAUCUAUAAAGCCAA